GCAAGUUUUUCUGCAAAAGGAGAGAUUCCUGAGGAAUAGAAUCAAUGUGUACUUCAUAUAUUUGUCCCUGUGGUUCCAAAAAGCUGUAAUAAAUUUUUCCUGUACUGCUUAGUUACUUCUUUCAAAACUCAAGGUGUGCUUAAAUAAAGACCAACUUGUUUCUGUAACGGGCGGGGAAUCUAAUUUCUUUUGGCCAGACGUGAAGACAGGAAGCAGAUUAUCUGAAAGGUCCUGCGCUCGCCACUCGCCAGCGACGCCCUCGCCGAGAUGCCGCCGCUCUUCUGCGUGUCCGGCCGGGGGGCCCUCUCCUUGGCAGCCCUGCUCCUUGUCCUGGUGGUCGCCUCCAGCCCCGGUGUUACAAGAGGAAAUAAACUUAAGCUGAUGCUUCAAAGACGAGAAGCCUCAGUUCCAGCUAAGGGAGACGUGUCAGUCAAAGAAGAUAAGGCUAAAGAGUUCUUAAGCAGCCUGAAACGCCAGAAACGCCAGCUUUGGGACAGGAGUCAACCUGAUGUACAGCAGUGGUACCAGCAGUUCCUUUACUUGGGCUUUGAUGAAGCUAAAUUUGAAGAUGAUGUCUCCUAUUGGUCAAACCUAGGACGGAGUGGCCAUGAAUAUUAUGGUGGUUAUUACCACCACCACUACGAUGAAGAUGCUCCUAUUGGCCCACGGAACCCACACACUUUCAGGCAUGGAGCCAGUGUCAACUAUGAUGAUUAUUAACCCUGAAUUCUCUUCUCUGAUCAAGAACCAUCCUGAAGAGUAACCAGGACCUCUCCUCCCUCCUUCACGGUCUCCCUUUUUCAAGUUUGAGUUAAGACUUGUUAAACGUAAUGAGAAAAAUGUAAUGUUACUUUUUAUAUACACUCAGUAGCACACAAUAUAGAUGUGUUAGAAUUGAAGUGUCAUAAUAAACUGAUUUCAUCGAUGUAAUAAAAAU